CGCGACCAAAUGAACCGAGGUUGACGAGCCGACUCCGCAACCCGAAGAGGCUGUUCGCAGCCUGGUCGUGCCCGUCUCCACUCCAUCCAUCCAUCAGCUGGCUCUGCAAUCAUCAACUCUUCCAUCAUCAGGGCGACCGCCGCCGAGGUCUUGCAACCGCGAAAGCGUGAAGAAAGGACUCGAGACUCAACAAGACAGUUACGACUGCCACCUUAAUCUCCCCGGUGCCAGCGCGCAUUUCAUUGUUGCUCAGCCUGUGGCCCGCUGCCCCAGGCUUGGACGUUUCCCAGCGACCUGUCAACCCGCUUUCGUCGCCACCUAGACACCCGACUGCGAUCAUCACAAGCGAGUGUUCUCAACGUCUUUAGAAGCCAUCGCUCUCCAAAACCGGGAGAAAAUUUGAUACACACCAAAACAAAUCAUGGCAUCACCGCCAAAACCUUGGGAAAGACAGGGCGCAACGCCCGCCACUUCCGCAACCCUCCCACCCACAUCCAUGCCCGCCGCAACCGCAAACGCCAUGACAACACCCACAACCGCUACGACUACGACACCUUCCUCCUCCACAACACCCGCGAUACCUGCGCGACCCGCAUCCUUGACGGCCGCUGUCAACCAGAACGCGGCCGCCUAUAGCAGACCCUACGGCGCCUCACCGUACGGCACCUACGGCUCGGCAUACUCGUCGCCCUACGCUUCACCAUACUCCAGAAUCGGUGGAUACGGCGCUGGAAUGUAUGGCGGUGGCAUGUACGGCAGCUAUGGCGGCUACGGGGGGAUGUAUGGCGGAGGCAUGUACGGUGGAAUGCCAGGCGGAAUGCCCGCAGACCCGAACAAUCCGGAGAGUCUCACGCAGCGCUUUAACAUGAGCACGCAAGCCACUUUCCAGAUGCUGGAGGGCAUUGUCACUGCCUUUGGCGGCUUUGCGCAGAUGUUGGAGAGCACGUACAUGGCGACACAUUCGAGCUUCUUUGCCAUGGUCUCCGUCGCUGAACAAUUCGGCAAUCUCCGUGAUACCCUCGGCUCCGUGCUUGGAAUCUUCACGCUGAUGCGCUGGAUCCGGACCCUGAUUGCCAAGUUGACUGGAAGACCCCCGCCAGUGGACGCCAAGGCCCUCACACCGGCCGCCUUUGCCCGCUUCGAAGGGCGCCAGAGUCCCGUACCGGAAGGCUCGUCUCCGAAACCCAGCCGCAAACCGCUCCUCUUCUUCUUGCUUGCUGCGUUCGGCUUGCCCUACGUCAUGAGCAAGGUCAUCCGCUCGCUCGCCGCCAACGCAGAAGAGGAAGAACGCCGGCGCCAGCUCGUCGCCGCCCAGCAGACGCUCGACCCGUCCAAGCUCGAGUUCUGCCGUGUGCUCUACGACUUUUCUCCCGCCGCCCAGGGCCAGGCUGUCGUGCAGGGCGUCGACCUUGAGGUUCACAAGGGCGAUUUGGUUGCGGUGCUGGGCAAGAGCGACCCAAUGGGCAACCCGAGCGAGUGGUGGAAGUGCCGCGCCCGCGACGGCCGGAUCGGCUACCUCCCUUCGACCUUCCUCGAGGUGUUGCGCAAGCCCGGUGCGCCCAUUGCCGCCAUCAAGGACACGGCCGCGAGUGAGAGCAGCCGGACGAAUUCGCUGACCAGCAUUGUCAGUUCCCAGGGCGGUCUGCCUCAGAAGGAGGUUGCUGCGAAGCCUCCUGCAUUGCCCUCCACUAAGGUUGGCGACGUAACGGCCGAGAGCUUCCAGAAAUCGCAAUUCUACACUUAGGAAAUCCGUCACGGCCAUUGUGGCUAAGAGUCCUGUGAAUGGGAACGGGAUUGCCCACAACAAAGGAAAGAGACAGAGAGGAACCGGUUUCACCCGGAUCAAGUUCUUCCCACCUAGUUCCCGCUUUGCAACAACAAUCACAGCCGCCUGACUACGCUUCAACCUUGCUUGGCUGCCAACACCAAAUAAUAUUUGAGUGUGGUUGGGAUCGACCCGCCUCACUUUCAUUUUGCUUUGUCUCUCUACGCUGCCAAGGAGAUGUGCUUUACUCUGUUGUCGGAAUCCGAGGGAAGGAGGUUGGUUGAAUGAAUGGAAGAGGAAAACAGAGCCUGGCGUUUGAGGCGUUGAUCGCAAGGAUGCGACGACAUAUAUUGCUGAGAUAGAUGGCUUUGCGAUUGUUGGCCUUUUCGCCCUCCUGACUAGCUAUCGCCCAAUCAUGGGUUGGGUUUUUCAUCACCCGC